GGCAUGGGUUUAAAAAUUUAAUCAUCGUAGUUCACUUACCUCGUGUACGUUCUUCCAUAUUGUGUUGGAUGAAUCAAAAUAACAAAAGGCUGGAGUAGCCAUAAAAACAUAUAUCUUCCAACAUCCUUAAGUUGUGAAGACUUCUUCAAAAUAUAAACAUCAUGGAAAACUUAUAUGGGAUUGGUGUUGCCAAUAGAUACGCUCUAUUUCUGGAUGAUGAAUCUGAUCCCCUGGAAACGCUUUCUUUGAAAGAGCUGGAGAAGGACUCCAAAAAGAAAAACAAAGUUGCAGAAAAGGAGAACAAAGUGAAGUCUGAACCUUUAAGUAAAGGAAAGACGGCACCAGCUCCAAAAAAAAUUAUUAAGGAUAACAAUAGAGAUCAGGAAAAUAAAAGAGAAGAUGUUAAAUCUUCUCAGAGAUCAAUUGUUGAUAAUAAACAGGACCGAGAGAAUUACCUCUAUACUGAAAGCAGCCAUGGUUACAGAGGAGUUAAACCCAUCGACAAACGUGAGGGAGUUGGUGCUCAUAAUUGGGGAUCUCAUAAGGAUGAUAUAGAAGAAGCUGAUAGACCUAAUAACGACAUCAAUCAAAAUUGGGGAGAUGAUUCAAAGGUGGAAGCUGUUGAUGAAAAAAAAGAAGAAGUUGAUGUUGAAACUACCCCAAUCGAAGAAGAACCCAAGGAAUUGACAUUAGAUGAAUGGAAGGCUCAGCGUGCUGGUCGUGUCAAGCCGCAAUAUAAUAUUCGAAAAGCAGGCGAAGGCGAGGAUCCAAGCCAAUGGAAAAAAAUGUUUGAACUCCGAAAAAAAGAGAAAGAAGAAGUAAGUUGAAUCUGUUUUAUAAUUAAUGAA